AUGAAUGACCCCACUAUGUUGCAACAAAUGUCAAGCAACCCUAUGCUUUUAAACCGAGUUAUUGGUGCACAGAGUGGAGGUUUAAGAGCGGCACUUUUAGCGAAAAUGGCAGGCUAUGGUGGAGCUGCAGACGGAACAGCUUAUAACCCUCAAAGUCAAAUGAAUUUGAGUUCACUCAAAAAUCAAAUAACAGAUGUCAAAAAGUCAAACAUAGACAUACAGAAACAAAUAAGUGAAAACGAAAAGAAACUAGAAUAUGACAGACACACAAAGAAACUCAAUGAGUUAAACGUAGAGAAAAAGAAGAAAGAAGAACAACUGAAAGAACUAAGUACAGAGGAAUAUGCGAAAAAAGUGUCAGAAAAAGCAGCAGAAGUAGCAAAAAUGGAACAAGAUGUUAUAAAUUUGAAAAACCAUACUACUCAAUAUAAAGUACUGAAAGAUGAAGAAAUAAAACAAAAAGCCCUGAAGACAUAUAUGGAUAGCGAUGAGUAUAAAAAAGAAGUUGAAGCAAAUGUAAAGGCAGAAAAACUUUUACAGUUGCAAAACCAAACCGUACAGUAUGAAAACUUAGCACAAGAAAGUAAAAAUAACGACGCAGCCAUGCAAAAGGCAAUGAAAAGCGCAGAAUAUAUAAAAGCUAAUAAUGACUGGUUAGAUGCCCAAGCCAACGCUAAAGCAGCCCAACUUAUAGGGUCAAUAAGGACAAAAAUACAAGCGGAUGAAGACAGUUCAAAUGAAGCUUUAAUGAAUGCUGACUUUAAGAACGCCUUCGAAGCUCUUCAUAGUAAGGUGAAACUAGUGAACGACUUCUCAUCUGGAAAGAAACUGAAGUCUGAAGGUUUCGACAAAGAGUUAAGAGAAGUAGCACAAAAUAUGACGAAAAUAACAGAUGCAGCAACGAGACAGGCAGUUCAAAGUGCCUAUGACGCCGUUAGAGCAACUGUUGUGGAAAGUCAAGAAAAAGA